GUUCUCUAAACCCUCAGCUCCUUAUGAGAGUAAUCCCAAUCAUCCCCAAAAGCUAAUUCUUUCCAGCUUUACAGUGAAUGAGAGUAAACCCAGACACUGUUAAGCUCUUUUCACUAUGUCUCCCCCAAACAAAACCUUCCCUACUCAUCUCAUUCAUUAAUUCAUCUCUUCCAACUUUUGCCACCAUUUAAUCCAUUAUUUUAAUUCAAUUUCUACUUAGAUCUGCUUCUCAUUUCAUCUAUUUUUCAUCACUGCAUUCUGUUUCUUUCACUUCAGUAAAAUGAAAAACUCUGAAAAACUCAUUUGGGAACAAAUGAAGAGUCCUAAAUCUGGCACCCCCAUCUCCAAUGGAGGUGUAUUAGUAACUUCAUCUGCACAUUCUAGAACCUCCCAUAAACUUCUAGUCUUACUCAUCCUCUUCGUUUCCAUUACCUAUGUUCUCUACUCGCUUAAGCUCGUCUCAACUUCACGCGCUUGCCGGGAAACACCGUUCUCCACCGACACUAAACUCUCCUCAAAUUCAUCUCUAUCUGCUUUCACCAAUGCCACCGCAACAACCACCACCAACCUCCUCACCGAUGACGGCGACGACAAGACACAGCUCCGCCACGUGGUUUUCGGAAUCGCGGCAUCGGCGAAGCUGUGGGAGCAGCGAAAGAACUACAUUAAGCUUUGGUACAGAUCAAACGACAUGCGUGGUGUCGUGUGGCUGGAUAACAAAGUGAAAACGGAGAAGAAUUCGAGUCUCCUCCCGCCGGUGAGAAUCUCCGGCGACACAUCGAAAUUCGCGUACAAGAACAAGCAAGGACACCGGUCCGCAAUCAGAAUCUCGCGAAUCGUAACGGAGACGCUACGUCUUGGGAUGAAAGAUGUACGGUGGUUUGUAAUGGGAGACGAUGAUACCGUUUUCGUGACGGAGAAUUUAGUUAGGGUUUUGAGAAAGUACGAUCAUAAUCAGUAUUACUAUAUCGGAAGCUUAUCGGAGAGUCAUUUGCAGAAUAUAUUCUUCUCGUACAAUAUGGCUUACGGUGGCGGUGGUUUUGCGAUAAGCUAUCCUUUGGCGAAAGCGCUGAGCAAGAUGCAAGAUCGGUGCAUUCAGAGGUAUCCGGGAUUGUACGGUUCCGAUGAUAGAAUGCAAGCUUGUAUGGCGGAACUCGGUGUUCCACUCACUAAAGAAACCGGGUUUCACCAGUAUGAUGUGUAUGGGAACCUGCUCGGUCUUCUUGGAUCUCAUCCCGUGACUCCAUUAGUGUCACUGCACCACCUUGACGUGGUUGAACCAAUCUUCCCGAAAGUGACUCGUGUAGAAGCACUCCAGCGGUUAACUAUACCAAUGAAGCUUGACUCAGCAGGGCUCAUGCAACAAUCCAUCUGCUACGACCAAUCAAGGAGCUGGACCGUUUCUGUUUCAUGGGGUUUUGCUGUUCAGAUAAUUCGCGGGGUGUUUUCACCCCGAGAGAUGGAAAUGCCUGCAAGAACAUUCUUGAAUUGGUACAAAAGAGCAGAUUACACUGCAUAUGCAUUCAACACGCGACCUGUUAGUCGCCAUCCAUGCCAGAAGCCUUUUGUAUUUUACUUCUCAAAAGCAAACUACAAUGAUACAAUGCAACAAACACUGACUGAAUACGAAAAGCAUCAUGUUCCUAACCCAGCAUGUCGGUGGAAGAUGGCCAACCCUUCUUCUAUUGAGCGAGUAGAAGUACAUAAGAAGCCAGAUCCACAUCUAUGGGAUAGAUCUCCAAGGAGAAACUGUUGCAGAGUUAUGAAGUCGAAGAAGAAAGGAACCAUGGUGAUAGAUGUGGGUGUGUGUAGGGAAAAUGAGGUGAGUGAAGCAUAGUUUUUGACAUGUUACUGAUAAAUUAAGUAUAUUAGGGAGAUGGAUUAGUCUUAUGCAUAAUCUUCUGUUGGAGAUCCAUACAAAAAAUUUAUUUAUUUACUUCAGUGGUUUAUUCCUUCAAAGUGAAAUUUUGUAAUUCUUCCCUGCGGUUGGUGGUUGAGUUGGGGAAAAGUUCAUGUACAAAGAAAUUUGUAGUUUAAAGAGUUUAGAUGGGACAAUGGUAGGAGAAGAUCUUUGUAGCCAUGCUUAUUAAUAUCAUAAUCAUGUGCCAAUGUGCUAUUUUCACCUAUUUUAA